AUGUCCGCACCUCACACCACUGUCAGCACCUCACACCAAUGUCAGCACCUCACACCACUGUCAGCACCUCACACCAAUGUCCGCACCUCACACCAAUGUCCGCACCUCACACCAAUGUCCGCACCUCACACCAAUGUCCGCACCUCACACCAAUGUCCGCACCUCACACCAAUGUCAGCACCUCACACCAAUGUCCGCACCUCACACCAAUGUCAGCACCUCACACCAAUGUCAGCACCUCAGACCGCUGUCAGCACCUCACACCAAUGUCAGCACCUCACACCACUGUCAGCAACUCACACCACUGUCAGCAACUCGCACCACUAUCAGCACCUCACACCAAUGUCAGCACCUCACACCACUGUCAGCACCUCACACCACUGUCAGCACCUCACAACAAUGUCAGCACCUCACACCGCUGUGAGCACCUCACACCAAUGUCAGCACCUCACACCAAUGUAA